GAGGAUGAAGAAAGAAGAAGGAAAGUCCUCGAGGGUGGUGGUGGGUCCCGAGGAUGAGAAGUAUAGGUUAGGGUACGGGGUAGUAGGGAAGGGUGUGAAGCUUGGUAUAUAUCUUGAGAUUCGUAAUGGCAUCGAUGAGAAGGGCGGUGGGGCUGAUAGUGAUGGGGAAGUGAAGAAUGAGAAUAAGAAGAAGAAUGGGAGGAAGACUUUGGAGGAGUUGAGGGAAGAGAGGUUGAAGAGGGAGAAGCACGAGAAGGAGCAGGAGAGGAAUGAUUGCCAAUACGAUGACGUUUUCCAUCUUCCAGUGUGGCAAUCAUUCGCCACGUCACUCCCACCGGCAAGCAAUAUGAACGGAAAAUUUGAGAGGGAUUAUGUUGAUGCAUUUUUUGUAAUCUAGAGGACGUAAUUAGUGCAAUUGGAAAGUAAGGGACUAAAUGGAUGCAUUUUGUGAAUCUUAAGAACCACUUUGGGUUUAACUCAAAAAAUACAUUAGUAAACGAAGAUAUCUAUUAUU